AUGGAUGGGAAGAGGAGUGGGAAGAUGAUUCCCAUGCCCCCGGCCAUGAGCGGCUCCCCCGGGGCGGCCCCGCAGCCCCGGGCCGAUCGCUGCCGGCCCCGCGCGUCCUUCCUCAUCCAGGACAUCCUCUGGGACCGGCCCGAGCGCGGCAGGAGCAGGGGGAAGGCGGAGGUGGCCGAGGGCGGCGAGGAGGGGAGCGCGGCCGGAGCAGCCCCGGGGAUCCCCCCCGGGGGACCCCAACCCCCGGCAGCCGCGGGGACGCGGCCGGGAGCGGACACGGACGCCCCGGUGGAGUCGUUGGCGUCCGAGCGUUCGCCCUCGGCGCACCCGCGGCCUCCCAGGCAGGGAAAACGCUCCCGAGCCGCCUUUUCCCACAGCCAGGUGAUCGAACUGGAGCGGAAAUUCAGCCACCAGAAAUACCUGUCAGCCCCGGAGAGAGCCCACCUGGCCCGGCACCUGCAGCUCACCGAGACCCAGGUGAAGAUCUGGUUCCAGAACAGGAGGUACAAGACCAAGAGGAAACAGGUGGCGGCCGGGAUGAGCCGCCUGGACUCGCGGCAGGAAGCGCCAGAAUUCCCGGGAAUGUCGCUGCUGGCGCUCAGGGGAGCCUGGCCCUACCUGCCCUGCCUGUACUACGUCAACUCCUGGAGCCCCUCCUGGUAGAAAUGGCUUUUUUUGGGGUGGAAAAUGUCAAUUUGUCUUCCUUAAAUCCAAAGGGGAGGGAUUGCAAUGACAGCGUUUUGUAGCGGCGGCAGAAAAUUCAUGUGUAACAAUGAAAUAAUUGAAAAAGUGCCCCAGAUUUUACUGCAGUGCUCUGGGGAUUCCCAGGGAAUUCGUGGCUGCUCCAUCCCUGGAAGUUCCCAAAUCCAGGCUGGACCAGGUUUGGAGCUGAGGGCACCUGGCACUCUUCAGUGGCUGCAGCCCCUCCUGGUAGAAAUGGCUUUUUUGGGGUGGAAAAUGUCAAUUUGUCUUCCUUAAAUCCAAAGGGGAGGGAUUGGGGUGACAGCGUUUUGUAGCGGCGGCAGAAAAUUCAUGUGUAACAAUGAAAUAAUUGAAAAAGUGCCCCAAAUUUUAAUUGCAGUGCUCUGGGGAUUCCCAGGGAAUUUGUGGUGGCUCCAUCCCUGGAAGCAUCCCCAGAAUUCCCGGGAAUGUCGCUGCUGGCGCUCAGGGGAGCCUGGCCCUACCUGCCCUGCCUGUACUACGUCAGUUCCUGGAGCCCCUCCUGGUAGAAAUGGCUUUUUUGGGGUGGAAAAUGUCAAUUUGUCUUCCUUAAAUCCAAAAGGGAGGGAUUGCAAUGGCAGCGUUUUGUAGCGGCGGCAGAAAAUUCAUGUGUAACAAUGAAAUAAUUGAAAAAGUGCCCCAAAUUUUAAUUGCAGUGCUCUGGGGAUUCCCAGGGAUUCUGUGGCCGCUCCAUCCCUGGAAGUUCCCAAAUCCAGGCUGGACGGGGUUUGGAGCUGAGGGCACCUGGCACUCUUCAGUGGCUGCAGCCCCUCCUGGCAGAAAUGGCUUUUUUGGGGUGGAAAAUAUCCAGUUUUUCCUUAAAUCCAAAGGGGAGGGAUUGCAAUGGCAGAGUUUCGUAGCGGCAGUGUAAAAUUCUCUCAUCUCCAACACUGAAAUAACCAAAGAAAAAGCCCCCCAACAUUUUAAUUCAUUUUAAUUGCAGUGCUCUGGGGAUUCCCAGGGAUUUUGUGGCUGCUCCAUCCCUGGAAGUUCCCAAAUCCAGGCUGGACGGGGUUUGGAGCUGAGGGCACCUGGCUUUACCUGCUCCAGCUCUGCUGUGGGAAUUCCUGGAGCUUUUCCUGGCAGAAAUGGCUUUUUUGGGGGGGUGGAAGAUAUCCAAUUUUCCCUUAAAUCCAGAGGGGAGGGAUUGCAGCGACGGCGUAAAAUCCUCCCCUCGCUAACACUGAAACAACCAACAGGAAAAACAGAUCCAGAUUUUAAUCCCGUGGUUUAAUUUGAACUGAAUUCCAAUUAAUUCAGCGCUUGAUUCCAACUCCCCGGGAAUUCCCAGGGAAUCCUGGGCUGCCCCAUCCCUGGAAGCGCCGGAUCCCGGUCCCCACCCGGAUCCCCGGCGCAGGGACAAUGGGGCAGUGACAGACGAGUUUUGCAUAUCCGGGUGUCGGCCCUGCCCCAGCAGCAAAUCCCUCUGCGGGUGGAAUUUUUUUGGGGCUCUUGGAACAGGAUUUUUCCGAGCCAGGAUUCCACGGAUCAGCCCCAGGUCACCGCAACAGCGACAGAGAACCCCCAAGGAGUCGGUUUUAGGGGGAAAAAAAUUCCCAUUUGCACUCAAAGAAUAGCAAAAAAUUUAAUUUUUUUAAACUAAUUGUACUUAAAGUGUCAUCAAUUCCAUGGGGAAAAUGUGGGAAUAAAGGAGAUUUCCUUUAUCGUCUCCUUUUUUAGAUGGGAAAUAUCCUUAAAUAUUGGAUGUUGAGGAAUAUUUCCUUAAAUAUUUCCUGAAUGUUUCCUUGAAUAUUUCCUUAAGUAUUUCCUGAAUAUUUCCUUUUAAAAUUCCUGAAUAUUUCCUUAAAUUGAUUCGAAUGGAUUUUCUCAGCUGGAAAUGCGUUUUCUCAGCUGGAGUAACCCAGCAAAGCUCUGCUGGAGCAGGUUUCAGUCUCCUGGAAUUAAAAUCCACCCAGGUUUUCUUUUCCCCUGGGAAUUUCCAGGAACGUUCCUCUGAUUCCUGCUCUUCCCAUUAAAACCUCGCUGCUCCCAUUCCCUGCUGGAAAAAAAAAAAAAAAAAAACCAACUAAAAAAUGGGAAAAACUGUUUGGAUUUUCCUCUUUCCCAAGGGGUAUUUUUUGGGGAGGGAAGAUUUUCUCUUUUCCCUCGUGAAUCCUGUGAGCUCCCAGGCAGAGGAGGCAAAAAAAAAAAAUUAAAAUUCCAGGGGCAAAAUUCCAGGGGAGGACAGCCAAACCUCAGGAGUUGGGAAUUUUUUCUCUCUCUCUCAGAACUCCUCUGCUUUGGAGGCCGAGCCGUGGCUCUGGAAUUGUCUCAAAGUAACUUUUCCUAUCUCUGGCCGAGGGUUUUUUUUCUCUCUCCCGGCAUCCCGGAUUCCAGGAGGGAAGGACAUCUCCUCUCCACUGUUGCAAAAAACGUUCCCAACCCCGCUCUUAUCCACUCGGGAAAAACAACAACAACAAAAAUUCUCUUUGUUGGCCUCAAAGCUGGGGAUGAUCCGAGGGCAGCUCCUGCCCAAAUCCCACGGAUUUCACUCCCAGAGCCUCGGGAUGCUGCUGGAAUUUCAACAGGAUCGAAAGGAGAAAUGCUGGAAAAGAGCUCGGAGCGUCCGCAGUGCACGGACUGGGACGGGAAAAUUCCACUGGGAGGGACUGGGAAGGACUGGGAUGGGAUGGGAAAAGGAGAUGGAAGUGAGGUCUGAGCUGGGAGUGAGAUCUGAGCUGGGAAAUAAAUCUGAACUGGAAAUAAAAUCUAAACUGGAAAUAAAAUCUAAACUGGAAAUAAAAUCUAAACUGGAAGUGAAAUCUAAGCUGGAAAAUAAAUCCAAACUGAAAAUGAAAUCUAAGCUAGAAACGAGAUCUGAACUGGAAAUGAGAUCUGAGCUGGGAAAUAAAUCCAAACUCAAAGUUAAAUCUAAGCUGGAAAAUAAAGCCAAACUGAAAAUGAAAUCUAAGCUAGAAACGAGAUCUGAACUGGAAAUGAGAUCUGAGCUGAAAAAAAAAUCUAAACUGAGAAUAAAAUCUAAAGUGAAAUUGAGAUCUAAACUAGAAAUGAGACCUGAACAGACAAUUAAAUCUAAACUAGAAAUGAGAUCUGAACUGGAAGUGGGAUCUGAAGUGAAAAUGUGAUCUAAACUGGAAAUAAAAUCUAAACUGGAAAUAAAAUCUAAACUAAAAAUGAGACCUAAACCAAAAAUUAGAUCUAAGCCGAAAAUGAGAUCUAAACUCGAACUGAUCUAAACUGAAUUUCUUGGCUGUUUCUUUGUCGCUGUCACUGCUGGGUUUUUUUUUCCUGCUGGGGGUUCCCAACCCCAAAUCUCCUCCUCGUGCUCCAGAUCCCAAAAUCCCAAACCCGCCUGGGCCGAGCAGUUCUGGGUUUAUCCCUGGUGUGGGUCCUGCUCCC